AAUCUUGGAAUCUUCUGUAACCCUUUGAUCUUUUUUUUUCCCUUUUUCGUGUUCAACAACGACUAUAACUUUUGUCCAAAUAAAGGAAAUAAGAAAUGGAUUGUACCAGUGAUCGUUACUGCUAUACUUGUGCUUUUCUUGGGAACCUUCAGCUUAUGGAGGAUAUAUCGACAACGAGUUGACGCUGAAAGAAGGGAAGAGGAACACCUACUUGAGCUCACAACACCUGAUAGAUUAUUAGAUGCAGAUGAGCUUGAAAAAGACGGAAAUGCAAGACAUAAUAUAAAAGUGUUCAGCUUUGCAUGUAUUGCAACAGCUACAAAUAACUUCUCAGCUGAAAGUAAGCUUGGAGGAGGUGGUUUUGGACCAGUUUAUAAGGGAGCAUUACCUGAAGGCCGAGAAAUAGCAGUAAAAAGGUUGUCAAGAAAUUCAGGACAAGGAUUAGUGGAGUUCAAAAAUGAGCUUAUUCUUAUAGCUAAACUCCAACACAUGAAUCUUGUCAGACUCCUUGGAUGCUGCUUUCAAGGAGAGGAAAAGAUGUUGAUUUAUGAGUUCAUGCCCAACAAAAGUUUGGAUUCCUUUCUCUUCGAUCCAACUAAAAGUUAUCUAUUGGACUGGAAAAUACGAGUCAAUAUCAUUGAAGGGAUUGCUCAAGGACUACUUUACCUUCACAAAUACUCAAGGUUAAAAGUAAUACAUAGAGAUUUGAAAGCUAGUAACAUUUUGCUAGACGAAAACAUGUGUGCCAAAAUAUCUGAUUUUGGUAUGGCAAGAAUUUUCAAGCGUGAUGGAUUGGAAGCAAAUACUAAUAGAGUUGUUGGGACAUAUGGUUACAUGUCUCCUGAGUAUGCCAUGGAGGGCAUUUUCUCUGAAAAAUCUGAUGUCUUCAGCUUUGGUGUUUUAAUGCUUGAAAUUGUGAGCGGAAAGAAGAACAACAACUUCUAUAAUGUUAACGGCUCACUGAACCUCGUAGGAUAUGCAUGGGACUUGUGGCAAAGAGAUUCUGGGAAAGACAUAAUGGAUCCAACUUUAAAAGAUUCAUGUCCUAUGCACCAAUUGCUAAGAUUCAUUCACGUGGCUCUCUCAUGUUUAGAAGAUAGUGCGGCGGACAGACCUACAAUUCUAGAAGUUAUUUCUAUGUUUAAAAAUGAAACUGCGCCACUUCCUAUUCUUAAAAAGCCAGCAUUUUUCACAGGAAGUAAUGUCAAUAAUGAAGAUUUACAGAGAAAAGAGUCAGAAAACUAUUCAGUGAAUGGCUUGACCAUUUCUAGAAUGGAUGCAAGAUAGAGGUGCUCUCAAGGAUGAUCUUUGGACCACGGUAUCCAAUUUUUAUUGUCCUUUUGUGAAAUUAUUAGAGUAAUAAAUUGUUAAAGUUACUAGUUUGUGUUUCC